UGGUCCCACUAUCACCUUAUAUUUCCAGUGGCGGAGGGCACGCCGGGACAGGAGGAGGAGGAGGAGGAGGAGCAGCUGCUUCGAGUGACGGAGGCCAUGAGAGCCCCGCCAUGCAAGCCUUUUUUGCCAUGAGGCUGCGGAAGAACGAGCACAUGAUGAAGAGGUACGCAGCAGCACUAUGUGGCCUAGUUGCUCUCUUCAUCGUCUUCCACUGGACGAGAUGGUUUUUUGUUAGAGCAGAAAGGUCAUGGAAGCCAUUGGCUACACUGGGACGUCCCUUUGUUGCGAUUGAGAGGUCCGCAAGGAAUCUUCUUGUUCGCAAGGUCCCUGGCUUCAAAUCGGCUGGGCAUGCGCUGCUCGUUAUAGCAUAUGCUGUGGCCAAUGUUGCCGUUGGGUUCACGGACGUAGAUGCCAGCUCUAAAGCUAACUUUGCCUCCAGGUUUGGCUGGCUGGCUCUAUCAAACCUGGGACUCGUCAUCUUUCUGGCACUCAAGAACACCCCUUUGGCUUUCCUCACUGCCUAUUCCUAUGAGAGGCUUAACUGUCUCCAUCGGAUUGCCGGAUAUACAAUGUUCAUCUGGAUGGUACUCCACGCGUCCCUGUACACCACAUACUUCAGUGAAGCAGGAAUCAUCGUUACAAAGUUCCAGGACCGGUCUGAAAUCGCGGCUAUCGUAGCCGGCUUUUCCUUCCUGACAGUAGUCCUCUCGGCCACCAUCCUCCGGCGAAUUCGUUAUGAGCUAUUCUACGUGGUCCACAUUUCGAGCUGGAUCCUGGCCAUUGUCGCGCUUGGAAUCCAUCGAUCGGAUUUUGCAAAGAAGGGAAUCAUCGUUAUACUUUUGGCAGCUUCCAUUUGGGUUCUUGAUCGCCUUAUCAGGAUUACCAGAGUUCUAUAUUACGCCUUGAACAACGAGGCGACAUUAUAUCCUCUUCCUGAUGGUGGGACCAAAGUCAUAUUCAAAAAGACACCCGCCAGGGCGGUAGCAGGAAAGCAUUGCUUCAUAUGGAUACCGGCAGUACGCAAAUUCGAAACGCAUCCUUUCACGAUCCACAAGACGAAUUCUGUGGAGUUUACCAUUAAGGCACAAGAGGGCUUCACUCGUGACCUCCACCAACAUGCGCUUGCCAACCCAGGUAUCAGCGUGAGGGCGUCUCUCGAUGGACCUUACGGCACAUUUCCGGAUCCGAUGGACUACGACAAAAUUGUCCUUAUCGCCGGCGGUGGAGGUGCUACUUUCACCUUUGGCCUUGUGGCGAAUAUUCUUGAGAGAUUACAUGAUGAACCUCACAAGAAUAUCACGUUCAUCUGGACUGUGAAGAAACACGAAAACCUGGCGUGGUUCAAGGAGCACCUGGAGACAAUGAAGAAUCACGCACACUCACCGAAGGUCGACGUCUCCAUCUACGUGACACGAUCACCAGUCGCUUCUCUGCAUCACCGCCACUUGCCGCACAUUCAUGGCCACAGCCUGCUGCACCACGCACAACCGCGCACCUCGGAAUCGUCCUCGGGAGGAUCUUUACCUCCUCUGCCAGGCGAUAUCAGCGGCCGCAGCGGCUCCCCAGAUACCGAAAAGAUGCCUCAAUUGCCACUACCUACUCAUAGUCACCAGCACCGAAACCACCCAUCAUCGACCCUGUCAGAAAAGGAUCUUGAAGAUGGGGGCGGCGGCCUUCCCGUGGUCUCUCACCACGGCAAAGCGGCAGACAACAGCGCUGGUACCGAAUCACAUCCUCAUCCCCAUCAUGCGCACGGUUACGAGCAUGCCAUCAGACCCGGCAGACCGGACAUGGCCACACUGAUCCGCCAGGCCGUCGUCGGUGUCCCUUCGAACCAGCGCGUACUCGUGGCGGCGUGUGGACCAGACGGGCUCAUGCAUGUCGUGAGAGAUACGACGGCGAGGUUGAUUCAGAGAGACGGGCCGGGAGUGGAGCUACAUUGCGAGCAGUUUGGAUGGUAAAUGAUCUGCGAGCCGCUGGAAAAGGAUUGGCACGGAGGAGAUUCGGUUGUUAUCUGUUGUGACCCAGUUGAUUUGUGUUUUUGGAUGGGUGCAAUCGACAUGGAACAUGGGGAGGGGACGCAGGUACUGCUCGGAGUUCUUGUUCAUCAACAUUCAUUGCCCCGGG